ACAUUCUUACAUUCAAUUUUCUGCUUCAUCUUUCUCUCUCUUACCCCUCAAUAUCAGUAUAUAGCUUCACAUUGCCGCUUUCCGAGCUUAUAGACCAGAACCAUCAUCCUCAUCGCUCUGCUCUCUGUUCGCUCUGCUUCUGCAACAUCUCCUAGCUGAGGGGAAGCAUAAUUGUUGAGAAGGAUUAAUAUAUUUUUUUUUGGGAACAUAUUUGGUUGAAGGACGUGGAAGGACACGGGGGAGUUAUUGUGGUAACAGUGACCCUUCGCAGUAUUUAUAUAUUUUGAACAGUUGACUGGAGAGGGCCAGAAAGAGAAAAGAUGCUGUCUAUGAGAAGAAGACUUGCUUGCUGCAGCAGGGAACGGAAAAUUAGCAUUGAUUUUGACGAAAAAGAAAGGAUUAUGACAUAUGAUGGCCUUGAGAGUUGCAUUCUCAAUAACCAAUCUUUUGAAGAUGAAAGCAGAACUAGUAGGGGAGAUGGAUGUAUAACUGAUUCCAUUGACGAUGGCUACUCCAGCUGUUCAUCAAGCAAGGAUGGUUUUGGAUCGUUCUCUUCAAAAUGUUUGACUAUGAAAAGAGAUGAGCAAGGACUGGAUGAAUGGGAACUCUCCGAGUCUCCCCAACAUUUUUAUGUCAAAGAGAAGAGAUCCUAUACAAUUCAGUAUUCAGAUGUAGAAGCCAUGAAAGAGAAGUUUGCAAAGCUAUUGCUAGGAGAAGAUGUUACAGGAGGAACUAAGGGCCUCAGCACAUCUUUAGCAUUGUCUAAUGCCAUCACAAACCUAGCAGCAACUAUUUUUGGUGAGUUGUGGAAAUUGGAACCCCUUUCCGAAGAAAGGAAGAGCAAAUGGCGAAGGGAAAUGGACUGGUUGUUGUCUCCUACAAAUUACAUGGUCGAGUUAGUUCCCGCUAAGCAAAGUGGUGCCAAUGGGGGGAUGUUUGAGAUAAUGACCCCAAAAGCUCGUGCAGACGUCCACAUGAAUCUUCCAGCUCUUCAGAAGUUGGACUCCAUGCUAAUUGAGGCACUAGAUUCGAUGGUGAAUACAGAGUUUUGGUAUGCAGAGGGUGGAAGCCGGGCGGAAGGAAGGAACACAGGUGCAAAACAAAGCAAAAGAUGGUGGUUACCAUCACCCCAAGUUCCAAAAAAUGGGCUUUCUGACACUGAAAGAAAGAAUCUACUUCAUAGAGGGAGGGUUGUAAAUCAAGUAUACAAGGCCGCCAAAUCUAUCAAUGAAAAUGUGUUGCUUGAAAUGCCAGUACCAACAAUUAUCAAGGACGCCCUUCCAAAGUCUGGAAAGGCAAGCCUUGGAGAGGAACUGUAUAAAGUGUUGACAUCUGAACUAAGCUCUGGGGAGGAAAUGCUUAAAUCUCUUCAAUUGAAAUCUGAACACAGCGCCCUUGAGGCCAUAAACAAAUUAGAAGCUGCAAUAUUUUCAUUGAAAGAGAGAAUGAAGGAAAAAGUUAGUGGCAAAUCCCCGGUUCGAACGUCCUGGUCUUUUACAAAGGAUCCUACGUCAGCUGUGGAUAGGAUGGAGUUACUGCUGGACCGUGCAGAAACACUUGUGCAGCUUCUUAAAACCAGAUACCCAAACCUUCCUCAAACAUUUCUUGAUGCCACUAAAAUUCAAUAUGGCAAGGAUAUUGGGCAUUCCAUUUUGGAAGCAUAUUCCAGGGUUUUGGGAAACUUGGCCUUCAGCAUACUUUCUAGAAUCGGAGAUAUACUGCAAGAAGAUGCUUUAAGCAACCCCAAUUCCCCUGCGGCAACAAGUUGUUCUCCUAGUAUAAGUCUCUCUCAGACUUGGGUGGUUGGUUCGCACAUCAGGCAAUCCCUUAUUGAUAAGAUGAACAAGGCAGAUGGACAGUACUGUGAGUCUAGUUGUGGUAGUAAUUCUGAUUUAGAACUUUCAUCUAUAGACGUCAAGACAAGUUCUGUAACUCAAACACCAAGUCGUAGUCGAGUGUGGUGUAUUGGCAAAGAGGUUUGUACAAGUGCCUCUCCACAAAAUUCGCCAUAAUGGUAUCAAGCCGCAAUUUUUGUAAAGCUUACUUAUUGUCGUUCUUUGUUCAAUGAAGCAGAAGCAAACUGAUAUAGGUUUGCCUUAGCAUUUGUAGACUUUGGGCAUAUGCUCAUUGUUAAGACCUGAGAAUUUUUCUUGUGAGGUAAGUACAAUCCUUAUCAUACAUUAUGGUUGUAUAAAAUUACCUAGCGAUAGAAAUAAUUAUUAGAGUGAGGAAAAUUUGCCAA